AUGGAACAACAUGUAACGCCCUCCGAGGAUGCGCCCCCACCGCUGAUGUACCGUGUGGAACGGCCUGUGUACGAUGAGGCCUACCUCCACACCCAGCUCCUGCACCCGAGAGAGAGGAGCCCCAAGACAAUCCGGCAGAGACUGGCACAGCAGCUCCAGUAAGUAUCUACAUUGAGUUAGUGCCCACAGACCUGGGUCGUGUUCAAUAGCACACACUGUAGCAAAACGUUUUGGAAAAUGAAGAAGAAAUAUGUGGUUCUUAUUGGACAGGUCCAGGUACUCCCUCCCUGUUUCAAUCUGUUUUCUUCCAUUUGGUGCCAAAUGAACACGACCCUGUUACAGAUCUAAACAGACUGUAGAGUAGUGUUCUGUUUUUCAAACCUGGUCAUUGGGACCCACAGUGUGUUCAAGUGUUGUUCCAGCCCAGUAGACACACCUAUCAAGGUUGUGAUGACCGGGAUUGAAGAACAUUGUGGAAUGUGUGACUGGGAUGUGGAAUUAUGCAAUACCUUGUUUCAGGAAAUGUGUUUACUACUGUAAAAGCUUAUGUGAAGUUACAUGUUUUUUUUUAUCUGACGAUGUUUGUCUAAGAUUACACUAGUAGAACUACACACCCAUUUACACGCUGCUAGGAAGCUUCCCGAAUAGAUAAGCAGAUUAAGCACACACUCAUUUACUUACACCUACUCACUCACUCUCUCGCUCUCUCUAGCUGCUCAUCAGAGAGGGCCAAAGCCAUUGCUCUGAGCUUCCUGCCCAUUCUAACAUGGCUGCCGUCCUACCCUGUCAAGGAGUACCUGUUUGGGGACCUGGUCUCAGGCCUCAGCACGGGGGUCAUGCAGCUACCUCAAGGUCAGUGGGGUAUGGAGUCGGGUGUAGUGCUGCACUCCUCAGAAUGGGUUUAGAGUCAGGGGUGGCAAUUCUCAGAUUGGUGUUCGUUUUAAUAAAGUUAAAUUGAAGCUGAAUCAUUGUUGAUUGUGCUGAAUGUUUGCGAUUUCUUUUCCCAUAAAGCGACAAAAACUCAACAGCACGUGCCAAUAAAUAGCCUACCGGUUUGUGCUUUGAUUGAAAUAAAAUACAGGUAUGGCUUGUUGUUAACAUGUGCUCAAAAAUUCACUCACAAAACAUCCAUGGCUGCGCCCUUGCCCAGUCAUAUGAAAUCCAUAGAUUAGGGCCUAAUACAUUUAUUUCAGUUGACUGAUUUCCUUAUACAGUGCUAUGAAAAAGUAUUUGCCCCCUUUCUAAUUUUCUCUACUUUUGCAUAUUUGUGAUACUGAAUGUUAUCAGAUCUUCAACCAAAACCUAAUAUUAGAUAAAGGGAACAUAAGUGAACAAAUAACACAACAAUUACAUAUUUAUUUCAUUUAUUUCAUAAACAAAGUUAUGCAACACCCAAUUCCCCUGUGUGAAAAAGUAAUUGCCCCCUUACACUCAAUAACUGGUUGUGCCACCUUUAGCUGCAAUGACUCCAACCAAAUGCUUCCUGUAGUUGUUGAUCAGUCUCUCACGUAGCUGUGGAGGAAUUAUGGCCCACUCUUCCAUGCAGAACUGCUUUAACUCAGUGAUGUGUGGAUUUUCAAGCAUGAACUGCUCGUUUCAAGUCCUGCCACAACAUCUCAAUUGGGAUUAGGUCUGGACUUUUGGUUUUCACCAGGCAUUACUGGAACCAUGUCGUCCAAAAAGUUAUACUUUUGAAUCAUCUGUCCAUAGAACGUUCUUCCAAGAGUUUUGAUGAUCAUCCAGGUGCUUUUUGGAAAACUUGUCAACUUUUUGGACGAGAUGGGUCCCAUUAUGCCUGGCGAAAACCAAACACUGCAUUCCACAGUAAGAACAUCAUACCAAAGGUCAAGCGUGGUGGUGUGAUGGUUUGGGGAUGCUUUGCUGCCUCAGGACCUGGACGACUUGCCUUAAUAGAAGGAACCAUGAAUUCUGCUCUGUAUCAGAUAAUUCUACAGGAGAAUGUCAGACCAUCCGUCUGUGAGCUGAAGCUGAAGCGCAGCUGGGUCAUGCAGCAAGACAAUGAUCCAAAACACACAAUCAAGUCUACAUGAAAAUUGCUAAAAAGCAACAAAUUGGAAGUUUUGGAAAGGGGGCAAAUACUUUUUCAUAGCACUGUAUAUGAACUGUAACCCAGCAACAUCUUUAAAAUUGUUGCAUGUUGCGUUUAUAUUAUUGUUCAGUGUGUGUGUAUGUGUGUGUAUAUAUAUAUAUAUAUAUAUAUAUAUAUAUAUAUAUAUAUAUAUAUAUAUAUUAUGGAUCCCCAUUAGUUCCUGCCAAGGCAGCAGCUACUCUUCCUGGGGUCCAGCAAAUUUAAGGCAGUUAUAGAAUUUUUAAAAACAACAUUACAAUACAUUCACAACACAUUAAGUGUGUGCCCACAGGCCCCUACUCUACUACCACAUAUCUACAACACAAAAUCCAUGUGUGUGUGUGUGUGUGUGUAUAGUGCAUAUGUUAUUGUGUGUGUAUGCUUGUGUCUGUGCCAGUGUUUGUGUUGCUUUACAGUCCCGCUGUUCCAUAAGGUGUAUUUUUAUCUGUUUUGUAAAACAGUAGUCCAGGUGCGAAAAAACUAGGGCCUGUAGGACCUGCCUUGUUGAUAGUGCUGUUAAGAAGGCAGAGCAGCGCUUUAUUAUGGACAGACUUCUCCCCAUCUUAGCUACUGUUGUAUCAAUAUGUAGUAGAACAUUUUUCCAUCUCUCUGCAGGUCUUGCCUAUGCCAUGCUGGCUGCCGUACCUCCUGUGUAUGGCCUGUACUCCUCCUUCUACCCUGUCCUGCUCUACACCUUCUUUGGGACCUCCAGACACAUAUCUAUAGGUGAGCCAUCCCAACGACGGCGCUCCAACUAGUGCACAGGAAGUCACUUUACACUAUUGAGAUGUAUCAUGUGGCUAACCAGGAGCGGGGUCGUGUUCAGUGUUAUAAACUGGGUGGUUCGAGCCCUGAAUGCUGAUUGGUUGACAGCCGUGGCAUAUCAGACCGUUUACCACCGGGUAUGACAAAACAUUUAUUUUUACUGCUCUAAUUACGUUGGUAACCAGUUUGUAAUCGCAAUAAGGCACCUCGGGGGUUUGUGAUAUAUGGCCAUUAUACCAUGGAUAAGGGCUGUGUCCAGGCACUGCGUUGCGUUGUGCUUAAGAACGUCCCUUAGCUGUGGUAUAUUAGCCAAUAUACCACACCUCCUUGGGCCUUAUUGCUUAAGUAAAUGUUUUGAAACGUCGAGGUACAGAUACUACCCGAAUGUCUCUAAUAAGAACAUUGGUUUUCAUUUUCCCUUGCAAGCCGGUUUGUUACUUUGUGCCCUACUUAACACUACCCCUGCAGCCUCCCUGUGGGGAUGUUUGUGGUGAUUAUAGCUGUUACUCCUACUGGGUUUUCCAAUGAAGUAGUCCUGGUUGUAUUCACAUAGUAUUCCCGUAGGUCUCUACUCCUGGACAGGUGCCCUUUUCACUUCUUGGCCAGAGAGUUUUGUAUUCCAGUGGCUGUGCCAAGUACAGACUGACCAUUCCAAACCAGGCCAACAACAGGUGAAUUCCAAAUAGCACCCUAUUCCCUAUUUAGUGCACUACUGUUGGCCAGAGCCCUAUGGUGCCCGGGUCAAAGGUAGUGCACUAUAAAGGUCAUAUGCUGCGAUAUGGGACUCAGCCUCAGCCUUCUCAUCCACCCAGGGAGCCCAGUCAAUCAAGAAUCUGGGUGUUACGACUGGGAGAUCGAUCUGUUCAAAAGUAACAGAUCAAGUGACCAGAAUAAUAGCUAAAUUAUUGUUUCAGGAAAUGAACCAAGUUUUGAAAUGGUUUACUUUGGGAAUUGAUCGGUGUCCUUGUUUAGCUUGGGUGAGGUCACGUCUCCUGGCAUUUAAUGACCCCAAUCUGUUGCGCAGAGACAGGCUAGAUUUAUGGGCACAUUCAAGGCAGACAUGGCCUUGUCUCCAAUUUCAGCCGUCAUGUUUGUCUCCUUUUGACAACUCAGUGAGUCAGUGAAUCGCAUUCAAACACUUCAACAAGAAAAGAAGAACUAAAACCAGCAGCUGCUGUAGUAACAAAAUGGCCACCGCCCAAAACGUCGCCUUAAGGAGGGCAGUUGCUGUAGUAACUUGCGACUGCCUCUCUCACUCUGAGGCAGGGAUGAGGGAAUAUUUGGGCACCCGUUCAAGUCUUGGCCAAAAGCCCGGCCUGCGACACAGACAUGCGCUGGACGUGUCAACAGCUCAAGUUGCAAACACAACGAGCUAACACAAGCAAACCUGUCCUGGAAAUAAUACCUUGUAACAGUAGUUUUUAAAGGGCCUCAUACCUCCACAGACAGAGACUAACCCUGCCACAGGCGCCUGGACUGGGUUCACAGCUGUUUGCACUGGUGUGGCACUGAUGUCUCCCCUCUUUAUUAAACCAAUACUGAUAAAGAACCUGGCACCUUGGAGACUGAUUGAAAACCUUAAGAGGGGAAUGGGAAGUGCUAUAAUAAAGAUACAAAGCUGCUAAUUCUUUGACCUAGGGGGAGUGCCAAAGCUACCAAGUCAAACGGUUGUAUGAAUCAUUGUCAUGAGAUAAUAACAUAUGCCAUUUAAUAGAUGCUUUUAUCCAAAGCGACUAUAGUCAUGCGUGGCCCCGGGAAUCGAACCCACAACCCUGGCGGUGCAUGCUCUACCAAUAGAGCCAUACAGGAUGAGAGGCAAUGGUCAGAGUCGGACUCAGCCCACUGAAGAGAAAGUGCCUCAUAGUUUAUUUCAAUUGAAUUCAUGUAUACUUCUAUUAUUCUGUGGUUUUAUUUCAGACUGAUGAUUUAAUCAUAUUCAGUAUCAAUAAUAAACUGCCAGGUGUUAAGCUCUUUGUCCCUUAACCCUAUAGGUCCUAACAAUUAGGGUUAAGUGCCUUGCUCAAGGGCACACUGACAGAUUUAUCACGUAGUCGGCUUUGUGAUUCGAACCAGCGACCUUUCGGUUACUGUCAUAACACUCUUAACCACUAGGCUACUUGCUACCACAAAUUUAAAGGAAAUAGCAAAAACCAGCUGACAUUCAGCCCUCGAGGAGUUGAGUUUGACACCCCUAAUUUUAAGGCUGUGGCUGUGCUCUCUGCAGGCACGUUUGCGGUGAUCAGCCUGAUGAUUGGAGGAGUGGUGGUGAGGGAGGCCCCUGACUCCAUGUUCACCAUCCAGGCCCUGAACGGCACCACCACCAACGCCACCGCCUUGAUCGACACGGGGGCCCGCGAUGCCAGGAGGGUCCACAUAGCCGCAGUCCUCACCACCCUGGUGGGAAUCAUACAGGUGAGUUACACUCCCCUCUUCCCCCCCCCCCCCCCCCCUCCCCACCUUCAGAAAAAUGUCCCCUCAAAUAACCCAGCAUCCUCUCUGCUGGACAGUAAGUGCAUGAGACCACUGAUUAUUCCAUGUUGCCACAGGCUUUCCCACCACUAGUCAGUCUCUCAAUAAGAGGUCAAAGUUUUCAUGCCGAUGAUAAGGAUCAUCCCAUAACCUUGGGGAUUGUGGUUUCAACAGGUUGCUCAGAGCUCACUGUUUACUCAAUCACAGUGGGAUCCACAGCACAGUAACUUAGUUGACCUUAUGUCAACUUACUUUACUUACUUUAUCUAUGUUGACAUUAUUAUGCAAGUAAAUCGUCAUAUCAUCUACCCUCCCCUUGUUUGUCUUUCUCUCUCUUCCCCCCCCCCCCCCCCCCCCUCCCAGCUGGUCCUGGGCUUGUUGCGGUUUGGCUUUGUGGCCAUCUACCUCACGGAGCCCCUGGUACGCGGAUUCACCACGGCCGCGGCCGUUCACGUCUUCAUCUCUCAGCUUAAAUACCUGCUGGGCAUCCAGACCCCGCGCUUCAGUGGGCCCCUGUCCGCUCUUCACGUGAGUCACUAACUGGGCCCCUCAGAGGCCUCUGCCGCUGGAAUGGGGUGGUUAACCUUUAAACGGCAGCAGACAGGAAAGUCAUCCACAUUAUAGGAGUCCAUGUGGAGGUACUCUGCUGUAAUACAUGGGUAUUAGGCCUAGUUUACAAGCCUGCAUGAUUUAGUUGUAAAUCGACAAAGGAUUCAUUCCUGAUAAAAAUAGAUUGUGAUCCUGCAUAGAGUUUUAUGCAAUGCUCUCGGGCACACACACACACCGCACGCACUCCCAGGUCUCUCAUACCCCCUCUCUCCUCCUAGAGUGUUACGGCGGUGUUCAGUAACAUCACCAGCACCAACGUGACCACGUUGAUUGUGGGCGUGGUCUGCAUCGUGGUCCUCUACAGCGUGAAGGUCCUCAACGAGCGCUUCAAGAAGAAGCUGCCUGUGCCCAUCCCUGGAGAGAUCAUCGUGGUCAUCGUCUCUACAGGGAUCUCCUAUGGCCUCAGUCUGUCAGAGAACUACCAAGUGGACGUGGUCAGGACAAUUCCAACCGGGUAAGAAAAAGGCUUUUCACAUUACUAAGCCGAUCCAAACCAAGCUGUACUGAACUGGCCUUCAGCCCAGCCAAACCAAACUGGUUACUGUAUGCAUCCUACAUGGUUACUAGAAGCGUACUGAAAAGUACAAUGUAAGAAAAAAAAUAUCCAAGCCAGCACAGUACGAUUCGGGUCAGCUCUAUAGUAUGAAAAGGUUUCGGUGGCAUAUUAUGGUCCAAAAAGUGUUUAGUGAGUUAAAAUGCACGAUUUAACGGCAUCAGAAGACAUUAUUGUUACUAUUCAGUCAACUUUUCAGACUAUUUGUUUCCAGGCUGCUUCCACCUGCAAUCCCAGACUUCUCUCUGUUGCCCAACUUGGUAAUGGAUUCUAUCGCCAUAGCGGUGGUGGGCUUCUCCAUGGGAAUCUCUCUGGCCAAGAUCUUUGCUCUGAAACACGGCUACAGUGUGGAUGGUAACCAGGUCAGUUUCUCCACAGUACUGUAGCCAUUAUACCCUUGGAAAGUGGAGAUGUCAAAGAACGUCAUAGCAUUUCCCCCACUAAUGGUUAAGGUCAGGAUUGGGGAGGGAAGCUGAUCCUAGAUCUGUACCUAUGGGAUACUUUACCCCAGAGUCUAACCCGUUGGGUCUAUGUUGCCCUGUAGGAGCUGAUUGCCAUGGGCCUGUGUAACUUUGUCAGCUCCUUCUUCCAAACCUUCGCCAUCACCUGCUCCAUGUCCCGCAGUCUGGUGCAGGAGAGCACUGGGGGCAAUACGCAGGUAACACACACACAUGCGCAGACUCACAGACACACACACACACACACACAUACAUACAUACAUACAUACAUAGAUAUGUUCCGGAUGACUGUGUGAUCACGCUCUCUGUAGCCGAUGUGAGCAAGACCUUUAACAGGUCAACAUUCACAAGGCCGCGGGCCAGACGUAUUACCCGGGCGGGUACUCAGAGCAUGCGCGGACCAACUGGCAAGUGUCUUCACUGACAUUUUCAACCUCUCCCUGACCGAGUCUGUAAUACCUACAUGUUUCAAGCAGACCACCAUAGUCCCUGUUCCCAAGAACACUAAGAUAACCUGCCUAAAUGACUACCGACCCAUAGCACUCACGUCUGUAGCCAUGAAGUGCUUUGAAAGGCUGAUCAUGGCUCACAUCAACACCAUCAUCCCGGAAACCCUAGACCCACUCCAAUUCGCAUACCGCCCCAACAGAUCCACAGAUGAAGCAAUCUCAAUCACACUCCACAUUACCCUUUCCCACCUGGACAAAAGAAACACCUAUGUGAGAAUGCUAUUUAUUGACUACUGCUCAGUGUUCAACACCAUAGUGCCCACAAAGCUCAUCACUAAGCUAAGGACCCUGGGACUAAAAACCUCCCACUGCAACUGGAUCCUGGACUUCCUGACGGGCCGCCCCCAGGUGGUAAGGGUAGGCAACAACACAUCUGCCACGCUGAUCCUCAACACCGGGGCCCCACAGGGGUGCGUGCUUAGUCCCCUUCUGUACUCCCUGUUCACCCACGACUGCGUGGCCAAGCACGACACCAACACCAUCAAUAAGUUUGCUGAUGACACAAGUGGUAUGCCUGAUCACCAACAACUAUGAGACAGCCUAUAGGGAGGAGGUCAGAGACCUGGCAGUGUGGUGCCAGGACAACAACCUCUCCCUCAAUGUGAGCAAGACAAAGGAGAUGAUCGUGGACUACAGGAAAGGGAGGGUCGAACAGGCCCCCAUUUAACAUUGACGGGGCUGUAGUGGAGCGGGUUGAGAGUUUCAAGUUCCUUGGUGUCCACAUCACCAACAAACUAACAUGGUCCAAACACACCAAGACAGUCAUGAAGAGGGCACGACAACACCUUUUCCCCCUCAGAAGACUGAAAAGAUUUGGCAUGGGUCCCCAGAUCCUCAAAGUUCUACAGCUGCUCCAUCGAGAGCAUCCUGACCAGUUGCAUCACCGCCUGGUAUGGCAACUGCUCGGCAUCCAACCGUAAGGCACUACAGAGGGUAGUGCGUAUGGCCCAAUACAUCACUGGGGCCAAGCUUCCUGCCAUCCAGGACCUAUAUACUAGGUGGUGUCAGAGGAAGGCCCAAAAAAUUGUCAAAGACUCCAGCCACCCUAGUCAUAGACUGUUCUCUCUGCUACCACACGGCAAGCAGUACUGGAGCGCCAAGUCUAGGUCCAAAAAGCUUCUUAACAUUUUUGCAGGCGCUCUUAUCCAGAGCGACUUACAGUUAGUGAGUGCAUAAUUUUUUUUCUCCCAUACUGGCCCCCUGUGGGAAUCGAACCCACAACCCUGGCGUUGCAAGCGUCAUGCUCUACCAACUGAGCUACAUGGGGCCGCCUCAAGCUAUCCUCAAGCUAUAAGACUGCUGAACAAUUAAUCAAAUGGCUACCCGGACUCUUUACAUUAACCCCCCCCCACCCACUGUUUAUUAUCUAUGCAUAGUCACUUUACCCCUACCUACAUAUACAAAUUACUUCGACUAACCUGUACCCCCGCACAUUGACUCAGUACUGGUACCCCCUGUAUAUAGCCUCGUUAUUGUUAUGUAAUUGUAUUGUUAUUUAAAAAAAAAAAUAAAGUUUACUUUAGUUUAUUUAAUACAUAUUUUUAACUCUUUCUUGAACUGCGUUGUUGGUUAUGGGCUUGUAAGUAAGCAUUUCACAGUAAGGUCUACACCUGUUGUAUUCGGCGCAUGUGACAAAUACAAUUUUUAUUUGAUACAGUGACACACACACACACACCCAUCCUGUUUCCUGGGCCCACACUGGGUGUAUGGCCAUUAACAUGACACAGUUGUCCUUUCAUUAUAUGUGUCACCUCAUAACGGGAGCUAAAUUGGCGCCGUAAAGCCAUAAAGAUUAGCUCAACCACAGACGCUUCUGUGCAGACUGAAGGAAGGCAAAGUGAUAGGUGAGUGUUGACUUACCUUAUCUCUCUGUGUGUGUUUGCAGAUCGCGGGUCUGUUGGGGUCUAUGGUGGUCUUGCUGGUGGUGGUGGCCAUUGGUUUUGUGUUCCAGCCUCUGCCACAGGUGGGUGUAACUGUUACCAACCAACUCCACCAACAUCUGGUGUUAUAUGAGACCGCUAAGGAAAAAUGAGGAAGGGAAACAGUCCUGUCAGAAGUACUGGCUUUAUUUGCUAUAUUUACAAAAUGUCAACCAAUUCAAAAGACACAUUUAAUAUUGGAAUUUGAAUCGCUAUUACAGUAGCCUGUAUAAUAAAUAGUUGCAAUUAAAUGUCCAAUCCUAUUAUUUUGAAUGGUAAUUCACCCCAACUCAACCCUGACUCCCCUGUCCUUCCAGACCGCGUUGGCUGCCAUCAUCAUGGUUAACCUGCUGGGGAUGUUUAAACAAUUCAGGGACAUCCCUGCCCUGUGGAGGACCAGCAAGAUCGAGCUGGUGAGUCUGGACCGCAACACAACUCCUUCUGAUUACAUCUGACCCAGGGGUCGAUUCAGGAAGUACACCAAAAUUCCAAUUAUCUUAAAUGCUUUUCAAUGAGGACAACUUGGAAUUGGGUUUACUUUACUGAAUUGACUGGAAUUUAAAUGGAAUUGACCCCAACACUGAUCUGACCGCACCAUGACUACAUCGCACCAGAAAACCCAAUCGGACAGAAUCCUUUAGUACGUGUCAUGCUAUGGUAGCCUGGUCUUACCGAAUGAUCACAUGGUCAUUGCAUGACAACGACUGUAGGAGUUGGCUAAACAGCACAAAGAGAUCUGGGACUAGGCCUAUACUAUGGAUCUGUAAACUGUGUUGCGUUGGUCUGUAUGUCUUCCAGGCUAUCUGGGUGGUAGCCUUUGUGGCCUCUGUGCUGUUGGGCCUUGAUCUUGGACUUCUGGUGGCCUUAGGAUUUGCCAUCCUGAGCGUCAUCUAUAGAACACAGAGGUACUAAACCGUCCUACUACUUCUGAAAUAAAUUCAAGUGUAAUAUUUAAUUUCCCCCUUCACGAUCACUGGUAACCAUUUCAUAUCACCAGCUUCAUUUGAAAAAUGAUUGAUUUUGGGUUGAAGAGUUAUUUUGAGGUCAUUUCAGUUUUAAUCUGUUCAAUGGAAAUGUAUGAAAUAACGGUGAUAAAACGUUUAAAUAUCUCUCGCCCCCUUCUUCUCCACAGCCCAGAGAGUAUCAUCCUGGGACAGGUCCUGGACACAGGUCUGUACUGUGACGUGGAUGAAUAUGAAAAGGUAACAUUGUGUCCUUUGUGAUGAUGAGGAACUCUCUAUAUGGUCUUACAGUUGCAGGCACUAAAAAGCUAGGUCUCAUUACAGUAUUGAACAAUUGCCUAGCGAUAGCUUGUCACUAAAAAAUUGCAAUGAGGGACAAGGUUUUUAUAAAUUAACUUUUAAGUGCCCUUAACUGGCCUGUAACUACCCUUGUAUAGAAUGAGAAUCUACAUGGUGGUUGGAUGAGAAGUGAGACCUGUGAUUCUGCCUCUCUGUUCCAGGCAGCUGAAUGCACAGGGAUUAAGAUUUUCCACUCAAACUCUUCAAUCUACUUUGCAAACAGUGACCUUUAUUUGAACACCCUCAAAGAGAAGGUAAUCUCAGCUGCCAUGUGUUUCUGUGUGUUGUGUGGAAUAUGCAGAGUUGCAUAAGUUACAUUUUUGUUUGACUAUGUUACGGGUGAACUAGUCUUUCUCUCCUGUAGACUGUAGCUACACUGCUCUUUUUUGCAAAGCAAAUAUUUGCAAUCACCAAGUCUAGUGAGGGGUCCUUGUAUUGCAAAAUAACCGCUUGGCCCAUCCUGUCUCGUCAUAUUCAAACAUGUGUACAGACAGGAGUGGACCCCGUACAUCUCCAGGCUAUACGGAAAGCCAGAAGAAGAAAACUGAAGAAGGAGAGCGCAGAGAGGGAAAGCCAAAACCACAAGUCACCACAAAAAAAGAGUGCCGUCGUCAAACUGGUGAGCCCAUUCAAUAUGGAAUUUUCUACUUUGUCACUCAAAAUAUCACUAUUUUAUUUACUUCCCCGGCUUCUUGUUGAAACACGCCACAUAUUUACACUGUAACCAGAACACCAGACAGACAGGCAGAAUUGAAGGUCUUCACGUAGUCAUUUUCUAAGAGGCUUUUGCUGUAAGCCUUGUUGUGGUUGGUUUAUAACCAAAAGAGGUGUGAUUGCCUGGUACAAUAUUGGUCUCCUCCAUUCUCCUGUGUGAUUGGCUGACAAUUUUGGUUGUCUUAUGAUUGGGCCAGGAUGUAGAGCUGGGCGUCACUCACGAGGUGGUGGCAGGGGGCGGCUCCCAGAACCACUUGGAGGUGCAGGGGAAUGGGCAGGUGGCCGAGACCCACACAGAGUCAGACUCUGAGGAGACCCGGUUCCUAGAGCCCCUCUGUCCUGUCCACACCCUCAUUCUGGACUGGACCCCUGUCAACUUCAUCGACUCUGUGGGAGCCAAAGCCAUCAAAUUGGUAAGGGAGCAUAUCUGGACUCACAGAGCACUGGGGUUUGUUCAGAAGUGUAGCUUUACAGAACAGAUAUGUUGUAGAAACAGACCUUUCUGUCAUGCAGAACUGGGCAUAAUGUCAGCUUUGUUCAUGACAUUUCUAUCUGAAUGUUGGGUGAUGUUGGGACCUUCUGAACAGGACUCUGGUGUUACUGCUGAUUGCCCCUUUUGAGUUUCCAACUUCCUCAUUUCGUGGUGUUCUCAUUAGUUUUUCUCUCUGCAGGUGAUCAAGGAGUAUGCAGCUGUGGAUGUGUGUGUUUUCAUCGCCGGCUGCAGCAGUGAGUUCUAAGAUACUGGUCUAGAUUACUACUAAAAACCCUGAGGGUAACUCUGAACUAGAGGUUGUUUAAAACGCAUAGGAACGAUAACAUAAGACUAAUCAGUCAGAUAUAGGCCAACCUACCAGCUGUGUGUUGUCCUAACAGGAACUCUGCUGGCUGAACUCCGCACCCUGCAGUUUUUCACCGGGGUCGUGACCCCAGAAAUGGUCUUCCCCACCAUCCACGACGCCGUACUGCACUGUCAGCGCCGGACUGCCCCGCCCACCAUCCCUGCCAUCCAAUGACAUCGUCCGACAGGGGACAUCAAGGGGGAGGGGACAUGGGAUCACAUGCACCUAAGGCUGCUCUAAAGCUGUGUUCACAUUGGCAGUUUCAAAAAAAUGGUGCAUAUCCGAUUCAAAUCUUAUUUUUCCUGCAGUCUGAAAAGCCAAAAAGCACAUGGAAUCUGAUAUUUCAAGCCACAUUUCAAACCACCUUCGUAGGUGGUUUGAAGUCUGAUACAAAUCUGAAUCCUGGCCAUGUCUGAAUAGUCAAAUCUGAUUUAUUUGCCCUAAAGUGGUUU